CAUCAUAAUAUUAUGGGACAUGAUAGCAAUGUUCUCACAAACUAAAAACUAAGAUAGUGUCAAUGUGUCAUUCAUUGUCUUGAGUCUGAAUCUUGAGAAGUUAGCAGUCAGCACAGAAACAAAGAAAGAAAGAAAGAAGCAUUUUGAUUUGAUAUCAUGUGGGAUUGGAAUUGGAGUGUGUUUCAGCUAGUUUUCUCAAAUGGGUAUUGCUGAUUUGGUUGGAUUUUGAUUCAUGGAGGCUGAAUUUGGAGGAAAGAAUCCAUUUUUGUAUGGACCAGAAAUGAAGGGUGUUGGCAAUGGGAAGAGGAGUUUGGAAUGGGAUUUGAAUGACUGGAAAUGGGAUGGUGAUCUUUUCACUGCUCAGCCUCUCAAUUCAGUGCCAUCAGAUUGUAGGGGUGGCCAGUUUUUCCCACCUGCUCCUGAAUUUCCAGCAAAAACUGCUAAUUUGUCUUCCAAUUUGUCUGCUUCUGUCAACUCAGGAGAGGGAAAGAGAGAGUUGGAGAAAAGGAGGAGGGGUGUUACUGUUAGAGGUGAAGGUGAAGGGGAUGAAGGCAAUGAUGGAAAUGGUUCUCUUAAUUUGAACCUUGGAGGUCAAGUUUACCCUGUCAUGGUAGAAGGGGAGGAAAAAAUUGGAAAGAAGACAAGGGUAAUUGAGACUACCGCUACCGCCACCACCUUUAACCGUGCUGUGUGUCAAGUUCAAGAUUGUAGGGCUGAUCUUAGCAGUGCUAAGGAUUACCACCGCCGGCACAAGGUUUGUGAAGGGCAUUCUAAGGCCACCAUGGCAUUAGUGGGAAAUGUUAUGCAGCGUUUCUGCCAACAGUGUAGCAGGUUUCAUGUUCUUCAAGAGUUUGAUGAAGGGAAAAGAAGUUGUCGUAGGCGUCUGGCUGGCCAUAAUAGAAGGAGGAGGAGGAAAACUCAUCCUGAUGCUGAAGUUAAUGGAGAGGCUCUAAACGAUGAAAGGGGCAGUAGCUAUCUGUUAACAAGUCUGAUAAGGAUACUUUCCAAUAUGCAUUCAAAUAGCUCAGAUCAUACAAGGAACAAUGAUAUUCUCUCUCAUCUACUGAGGAACCUGGCAAGUCUGGCUGGUACAAUUAAUGGAAGAAGUCUAGCCUCCAUAUUAGAGGGAUCUCAAGGUUUGGUAAAUGCUGGGACACCUAGACUUGAGCACAAUGUGCCUAUCCUUAAUUCAAGUGGUCUUGAAACUUCCAGGCCUUCUGGUUCUUCCAUCAAGACAGAUAAUGACUUCAUCCAUCAGGACCCUCCAAAUUCUGCUGCGCAUUGUGAGACCUUACCUGCGUAUGGUAUAGGGCAAAAAUGUAUACCUCUGGGCGAUGGUGGAGUGAGAAAUAUUAAACCUCCUUCAGGACCACAUCCCUCGAAUUUACUUCUAUCAAGAGACAGCCUUCCAUCUGAAUUAAUUGCAGCACAAACGACAGCUGGAAGGAACAGCUUAAAUAACAUUGACCUGAAUAAUGUAUAUGAUGAUGCGCAGAAUGGUGUUGAGAAGAAGACUCAUCCUCCUGUAGCUUCGGAGAUUGGGUCCACAUAUCUUCCUUCAUGGUUGCGAAGUGACUCUCUCAAGUCAACUCCACCACAGACAAGUAGAAAUUCAGAUUCAACCUCUACCCGAUCACCAUCUAGUUCCAGUGGAGAAGCUCAGAGUCGCACAGAUCGAAUAGUUUUCAAACUAUUUGGCAAGGAUCCAAGUGAUUUUCCCCUUGUUCUCCGAUCACAGAUCCUCAAUUGGUUAUCCCACAGUCCAACAGAGAUAGAGAGCUAUAUAAGGCCUGGAUGUAUCAUAUUAACAAUUUAUCUUCGUCUAGAAAAAUCUACAUGGGAGGAGCUCUGCUCUAAUCUAGGAUUGAGCUUGAAAAAGCUUAUUGCUGCAUCAAAUGAUCCUUUUUGGACAACAGGAUGGGUAUAUACAAGGGUGCAGCAUUCUGUGGCUUUUCUGUAUAAUGGUCAGGUAGUCUUAGAUGUGCCCUUGCGUCUCAAAAGUCCACAAGAUUGUAGGAUUUCAUGCAUUAAGCCACUUGCUGUUCCUGCAAGUGCAAGCUCUCAAUUUAUUGUGAAAGGAUUUAACCUUUUGCGGUCUAGCACGAGGUUGCUCUGUGCACUUGAAGGGACGUAUCUGGUACAAGAUAGUUGUCAUGAUUUAAAUGAUGGAGCUGAUGUAGCCAAUGCAGCCAUUCAGCGUCUUAGCUUCUCUUGCUAUAUACCAAAUGUAUCUGGGAGGGGGUUUAUUGAGGUGGAAGAUCACGGUCUCGGCUGCUGUUCCUUUCCAUUUAUAGUUGCAGAGCAAGAAGUUUGUUCUGAAAUCUGCAAGUUAGAGACCGUGAUUGAGGCAGGUGAGGCCACUGAUGUUAUCCAGAUAACCAACCAGCAGUCGGAAGAAAAGACUCGAGCUUUGGAUUUCAUACAAGAAAUGGGCUGGCUCCUUCACAGACGUCAUGUCAAUAUUCGGCUAGGUCCUGUGUCACCUAUCCAUGAUCUCUUCUGUUUCAAUCGAUUCAUGUGGCUUGUUGACUUCUCCAUGGACCAUGGUUGGUGUGCUGUGAUGAAAAAACUCUUGGACAUUUUGUUUGAGGGUGGUGUUGUUGAUGCUGGAGAGCAUGCCACAAUUGAGGUUGCAUUGUUAGACAUGAGUCUUCUACACAGUGCUGUAAAGAGAAAUUGUAGGCCUAUGGUGGAACUACUGUUAAAAUUUGUGCCGGUUAAUACUUCAGAUGGCACAGACAGUAAAGUGAAGCAAGUUGACAAGUCCCUCGCCAGAUUCUUAUUUAGACCUGAUGCUGUUGGACCUGGUGGGUUGACUCCUCUUCAUGUUGCAGCAAGUAUGAGCGGCUCGGAAAAUGUGCUGGAUGCAUUAACUGACGAUCCGGGAAUGGUUGGAAUCGAAGCAUGGGAAAGUGCCCGGGACAACACAGGUUUGACACCAAACGACUACGCAUCCCUUCGGGGCCAUUACACUUACAUUCAACUUGUCCAGAAGAAGACCAGCAAAAAAGGUGGAAGGCAAUGUGUGCUUGAUAUCCCUGGCACCCUUGUAGACAGUUACACAAAGCAAAAACAAUCAGAAAGGCAUGGUACAUCCAAAGUUUCAAGUUUGCAGACUGUGAAGAUUGAAACAACAACAGUGCCACUUCAAUGUGGACUAUGCAAGCACAAGCAGGCUUAUGGUGGCAUGAGACCAGCACUGGUUUAUAGACCAGUCAUGCUCUCUAUGGUGACCAUAGCGGCUGUAUGUGUCUGCGUGGCCUUGUUCUUCAAAAGCUUGCCUAGAGUUUAUAUGACCCAGCCCUUUAACUGGGAAUCUUUAAAGUACGGUUCAAUCUAAUGUGGUGUAUCAGACCAUGUCUAGAUAUCCGUGGGCACCGGUGCAUAUAAAAGUUAGCACACAUUUCAAAAUAAAGUGAACGGAAUGUUUCUUAUGAAAA